AUGAACAUCCACGACCACUUAUACCUGCCCAUACCAGACCAUCCAAAGACUCAAUGUCUUGAUAGCAAAACAUUCGUGACGCCAGUCUUGAAUGGAUCGCUUACUAUUCCUGAGAUAUACGACGAACAUCUUCGCAAUUCCUCUGAACAUCCUCUAUUCAUCUAUCCACGAUCUGCAGAUGGCACCCUCAGAACUAUACUUUGGCCAGAGGCCGUCUAUGCUAUACGUCGAGCCGGAUUGUUGACAUUGUCGCGUAUCAAGGCGUCUCAGGACAGCGUCCCGCCAUCGUAUAAUCCGACAGUUGCCAUUUUAGCAUCAUCUGAUCACAUAUCGUUCUUUGCUGUUAUUAUGGGAAUGAUAUAUGUUGGAUGUCCAGUGUUCCCGAUCUCACCCCGCAACUCUUCGCAAGCAGUCGCCCAUCUCUUACGAACUUCUGGUGCAACCCAUUUAUAUGUAGGGGUUGAACAGAUAUUUCAGGACACAGCCGCCGCCGCCAUGGAACUGUUGCGUGAAAGUGAAAGCGUCGAGCCUCAAAUUCAUCCCAUGCCGAUAUUUGAGGAACUGUUCAACGAUGAAAACCAAGCAGAAGUUCUUUCGCUUAGGGCUUCUAAAUCACCCUUGGAAGCUCCGGCACUCAUACUGCACUCUUCUGGUUCCACUGCUUUCCCGAAGCUUAUUGUUUGGACCCAUUACCACCUAAUACAUUUGGCUAACAUUCCUCAUUAUGGCGAGCGAGACCUCACUGGUAUACGGAACGCCGCUCCCAGCAUGCCCAUGUUCCAUGCAAUGGGUGCAUACCAAGUUGUUUGGACAGCUGCAACGGGUAUGAUAUUGAGCGUGUUCGAGCCGAAGUCCCCGGCAACUGUUCCAACGGCGGACAAUGCAUUCAAACAUGCCAUCGAUACUAAUAGUGACAUCAUCUUUUGUGUUCCAAGUUUCGUCGAGGCAUGGUAUGAGAAUCCAGACUAUGUUCGUCAGCUUCCCAAACUAAAAGGGAUCUUCUUCGGCGGUGCUCCUAUGAACCAAGAAAUUGGUGAUGCGUUGAGCAAAAUCGGUGCGCCCCUAUUCAGUCUUUAUGGAAGUUCAGAGAUCAGUAUCAUUGGUGUAUUCCUGCCAAAAACACGUUGCCCCGAUUGGCAGUAUUUCCGUUUAUCCAAUAUAGUCAAACCCGAGUUCAUUCCCAGUGGUGAAGGGACAUCAGAGCUUAUCAUACAUCCUCAUCCUACCCAUGUUCCCACUGUCUUCAAUAUCAAAAGAGGAGAAGCCGAUGCAUAUUACACGAGCGACCUUCUCACACCACAUCCGACGUUACCCGGUUAUUGGAAAGUCUAUGGCAGAGCAGAUGAUCAAAUCAUGCAUAGCACCGCUGAGAAAACCAACCCCGGGCCUCUAGAAAAAAUACUCGUUAAGGAUCUCCAUGUACGGCAUGCAAUUAUGUUCGGUCGAGGAAGGUUCCAUGCAGGACUCCUUAUCGAACCUCGGGAUGAGCAUAAAUUCGAUAUUUCCGAUACAGAGAAAUUAGCAGAUUUUAGGAAUAAGAUAUGGCCUACAGUGGAGAUUAUGAAUGACUUUGCACCAAAGCAUUCCAGAAUCUUCAAAGAGAUGAUAAUCGUCGCAUCUCCAUCGAAACCCUUCGUGUACACUGCCAAGCAUACUUUACGCCGCGCAUUCAUCAUUGAUGAGUACGAACCUGAAAUAGAAGCACUGUACGAAGCAGUAGCCGAAAGUACGCGGGCUGAUAUUCCACCUCCUUCGGCUGGGGACUUGUCAAGUAUACUAGACUUUGUUAGGACGAUCAUCACGAAAACACUGGGAAAGCUUGUGGACGACGAUGUAAAUAUUUUUGAACAUGGUGCUGAUAGUCUUCAGGCAACAUGGAUACGGAACACUAUCUUCCACGCAUUGCGAACAUCCGCCCAGGUGGACACGAGAAACUUCUCUAGUAACCUCGUUUACCAGUAUCCUUCCAUUAGAGCCCUUGCAUCGUUCAUGCAUGAUCAACUCUCUUCUACGCCGAGCGCUAGCAAUGACAAGACGGACGCGAAAUGUCAGGACAUGCUCCAGAUGGCCGAGAAAUACAGCCAGGCGUUCUCUAGGCACGUUCCCUCUAUUGAACUGCCUGAGACAGAGGCCGUGCUGGUCACGGGCACUACCGGGGGAGUUGGCGCAUACCUUUUAGGAGAGCUAUUGAAUUCAGCUAAGAUUGCUAGAGUAUAUGCAAUAAACAGAAAACACAGCAGCGGAAAUCCUCUAUUAGAUAGGCAAAAACUUGUGCUGGGUCAAGUUGGCCUUGAUCCUGCACUUGCGUCCCACCCCAAGCUUGUAUUGUUGGAAGCAGAUGUCAGCGAGCCCGAAUUCGGGCUUGGUACGGAGAAAGUCGACGAGAUGAGAACAUCCGUCACACACAUUAUACACAAUGCUUGGCCUGUGGAUUUCAACCUCACUCUGAACACCUUUGAUCCCCAGGUGAAAGGUGUGCGCAACUUGAUCGACUUCGCCCUUUCAAGCCCCCUUCCAACUCCCCCUCGUUUGGCAUAUAUCAGUUCAGGAGGAAUAUUACAAGGUUUGGAAACUGGCGAAGCCAAGGAACUACCAGUUGACUGCACCUCUGCAGUAGGCUCGGGGUAUAGCGAAUCGAAAUGGGUUUCAGAGAAAGUCUUAACGAACGCAGCAGCAGAAACGUCUCUACGGCCCAUCAUUAUUCGAUUGGGCCAAAUCAGUGGAGGCGUAAACGGUUUCUGGAAAGAGAAAGAGUGGCUUCCGUCCAUGAUACGAUCAAGCAUCUACUUGAAGUGUCUUCCCGUAUUGGAUCAGUCUGUGGCUUGGCUGCCAAUGGACACUGCCGCAAAAGCUGUUGUCGAGAUGCGCGAUUCCAACACUACAUUUGUGCACGUUGCCCAUCCGAAGGAAACACCCUGGUCAACUAUCUUCGCGCAAUUCUCCACUAGUCUUGAUCUUCCACUAGUGCCAUAUAAAAAAUGGCUCGAGUGUUCAGAAGACGCUUCACUUCGCUCUGGAGGUGCUGAUGCACGGGAGAAUCCGGCAUCUGUUAUCCUUGACUUCUUCCGUGCAGGUGCCAUGGGGUUGCGUCGAAUGUCUAUGGAAGAAGCAAAGAAAGCGUCUCCGACGUUGGGUGACACCACAAUAAGGCCACUUGGCGCUUCAGAUGUCGAUUUGUGGUUGAGUUACUGGCGCAAGAGUGGAUUUAUUUCAAAUCAGGUGUAG